AUGGCUUUUCUUAAGGUUGCCCUGGCGGGGCUCUGGCUGAGCUCAAUUGCAUCUGCGUCAUUCUCCUCCAAUUUGAACUACCGCUCUCCUUCCCAUAAUCACCCCGAUCUUGGAAUUGCCAUUAACAAGGUUCAAAAGCGGAAUGUCCAAUCCUCUCCAUUUAAACCCGAGGAGCUGCACUUCACUCAUAAUGUUGCUUCUGGAGAUCCUUACUCCCAUUCGGUGAUCCUCUGGACUCGAAUCUCACCCACGAAGGAGAGCAGUGGUUCCAACGUGACUGUGACUGGGACGGCACCUCUGUAUGACCAUGACAACGACAAAUACGUUGCAGUUUCUACUGCACCAGUUUGCGUGGAGUACAAGGUGGCAAAGGAUGACAAGAUGAGGAGAGUUGUCACCGAUGGAGAAGUUUGGACUUCCUCCGAUGUUGACUAUACAGUCAAGGUUGAAGCAACUGACCUCAAACCAUACACGACUUACUAUUAUCAAUUUACAGUUUGUGACUCGAAGAACUCUUCCCCGAUUGGGCGCACCAAAACAACCCCCAGAAAGUCCGACAGAGUGAGGAAGGAUAUCAAUCUUUCUGUCUUCUCUUGCUCCAACUAUCCCCAGGGGUUUUUCAAUGCUUACGGAAAUGCUGCCCGUAAGGACACUGCCGACUACGUUGUCCACCUUGGUGACUAUAUUUAUGAAUACAAAGAGGAUAUCAAGAUUCCAAAACCUGACCUGAUAUGCUAUAAAGGUGGCUACGGAUGGGGAUGGUCCAUGGAUCGCAUUCCACAGCCUUCAGAUCACAAUGUCAAGACCCUACUCGAUUAUCGCAUGAGAUACGCCAGUUACCGUACUGACGCCGACCUCGUUUACUCGCAUCAACAUUUCCCUUGGAUUACCGUUUGGGAUGACCAUGAGGUAGAAGACAACAUCUGGAAGGCCGGCUCAUCCAAAAUGAACAACACGGAAGAAUCCUUCAUCAAGGCCGGUGGAAUUUCCAUUGACCAAUCUAAAGCAAAUGCUGUCCGUGCUCAUUUCGAGUGGAUGCCUAUUCGUCAGGUUGACAUGGAUGACAACCUUCGUAUCUGGCGCAAUUUCGAGAUUGGCGAUCUAUUCAGCCUUAUCAUGCUUGAUACCCGUGUCUAUGAUCGCUCCAUCACCGAUGUUACCUGGAAUAGAGAGUACCUCGACGAGAUCCGUGAUGAGCAAUCCCGCUCUCUGUUAGGGCCCCGCCAGGAGACGUGGUUCUACCGCCAGCUCCGAGAAUCUGCCAAGCGAAGAACCAAAUGGAGAAUCGUCGGCCAGCAAGUCCUCAUCUCUGACAUCAGCUACGCCGAUUCUAAGCCAGAAACCCCCUAUAACGCUGACGCCUGGGAUGGAUACCGGGCCAACAAAAAUCGAACCCUCGCAACGAUUCUCAACAACCAAAUUGACAAUACCAUUUUUCUUGCUGGUGACACUCAUGCUUCCUACGUCUCUGACCUCGUCUACACCGGCCUUGGUGAAUACGAUUCCAAAUCCGGAUCCGGAGCCAUCGGUGUUGAGUUUGGUGGCUCCGGCGUCACCUCCCCCGGCCCCGUCGGCCAAAACGGCACUCUAGCCAAGGGAGCCGAACAGUCCAAGACGUUUGUCAAGAACAGCACUCCCCUGCAAUGGCAAGAUUCUUACUAUCGUGGCUACUACGAACUCAAGAUCAACCAUGAGCGCGUCAUUGCGGAUUUCUUUGGUGUUCCUGACAUCCGCACACGCAACGGAAAAGAAAUCAAACUUGCGACGUUUGAGGUUCUGGACGGUGCGAAUAAGCUCACUAGAAAUGAGAAGGGAGAACCUGUUGUUGGGCAGGCCGUUGGCGGGGCACUUAAGCAUGGCGAAGUUCAUCCGGAUGCUGCUGUGAUUGUAGAUACCAUGAAGAAAGAGAAUUAA